AUGGUGAACUUCCGAUUGUUAAGAAAUUCAUCCAGUAACCUCCAUCUUUCCCUUUUCUCAUUACAGCUUCAUUUUGUUGUUAUUUGGCUUCUAUGUGUUGCUUUGUUUGUUGAUGCGGGUAAGAAUUAUGGAAAAAGCCAUUUACCUUUUCGUAAAAGCCAUUUACCUUUUCGUAAAAGCCAUUUACCUCUUCAAAAAAGUCAAUUACCCAUUCAUGAAAAAAGUCAGUUACCCGUUCAUGAAAAAAUUCCGUUACCCAUUAAUGAAAAAAAUCAGUUACCCAUUCAUGAAAAAAAUCCAUUACCCAUUAAUGAAAAAAGCCGAUUAUCCCUUAAUAAAUCGCCAUUGUCGAUAAGUUUAAAUUUGUCGCCGUCAAAUUCAAAUUCAAAUUCAAAUCAGAACUUCUCUUCCAGUAAUUUCUCUCCUCUCACAUUAUACCUUAACGGUGGUCCCGGGUGUUCUUCGAUGAUUGGGGCAUUUCAAGAAAUGGGGCCUUGUACCUCUCUACCAAACGGAACUAAUACCACCAUAAAUCCUAAUAGUUGGAACACUGUUUCAAAUCUAUUAUUUAUUGACCAGCCAAACGGUGCUGGAUUUUCGUAUGGCGGCAAUUAUGUGACGUCAUCACAACAAGCAGCAUCCAAUCUUUAUGAAUUCUUGAAGGAGUGGAUUUCUUGCUUCCCACAAUACGCGAGUUUACCCUUCCAUAUAUUCGGUGAAUCUUAUGCAGGCCGUUAUAUUCCUAUCUUAGCAUCAAUGAUAUUAUGCAAUACUACUGAUGUGUCGGUACUUAAUGUACAAACCCCAUUGCUUUCUCUCAAUGUUGGUUCACAAAGCCCAAUGAUGAAUCUCAAAACUAUUGGGAUUGGUGACGGAUGGAUGGAUCCUAUGCGCCAAUAUGCUUCACUUAUAGAUUAUUCACAACAAAAUUCUUUACUUACUUCCGAUGUUAUUGCAAACAUGAGUGCGGCAUAUCCAACAUGUAAAAGCCUACUCUCAACAUGUUAUAACACUAGUACUAAUCAAGACUGCAGUAAUGCUGAUGACUAUUGCUACAAUAAUGUUUUCACUCCGUUCGUCUCAAAUUUAAAUUGCAAUAUCGAUGACAUUAAAGCGACUUGGGAUAGUUCACCAGACGAGGAUUAUCUCAAUUACUUGGCCAGGCCCGAAGUUAUGAGUGCAAUUGGUGUUAAAACACCAUAUACCGAAUGUUCCAACGACGCCUAUAUGGCUUUUACGGAGACUGCGGAUUUGCAAGUUGCAAGGUCCACUAUGCCCCAAAUUGCCCAAAUUCUUAAUGCUGGUAUUCCUACUUUACUUUACUUUGGUGAUUCCGAUGCAAAUUGUAAUUGGAUUGGUGGACUGAAUAUAUCUAAAUCUCUCAAUUGGAAAUAUCAAACCAAUUUUAAUUCUGCGACAUUACGAAAAUUUAUAGUCAAUAAUCAACCAGUUGGUCAAGUUCAAUCUUCAAAUGGUUUAACUUUUCUCAAAAUGAAUCAAGCUGGACAUGAAGUACCAUAUUAUCAACCACAAAAUUCACUCCAGAUGUUUACUCGUUGGAUAAAUAAUAAACAAAUGUAA